AUGCAGAAGUUCGUCAAGCCUUUGGGCGCAAUGCUCAUACGCAUGCGCGCAGACAGCAAGCAGGAUGGCAAACAGAAGGGGGUGUCGGAUAAUAAGGAGAAGUUGGAGCGGAUGCGGGAAUUGCUGGGUCAGGACCGGGCCAAGACGAAGACUCCCAUGAUGAACUUGAGG